ACUAAGUGAGAGGGAAAAUUUGAUAACCGACCAUAUCUCAAGCAGAGCCCAUGAAGUUGAACGGGGCGAGCCCAUCAAUCGCGCUUCCUCUGCUCGCACUCUCCUCGUUUUUCUUCUCUCUCGCCAUCUCUGAUCCUCGAAUCACCGAAGCAGGCCGCAUCUGCGAGAACUCCACUGGGAUCGUCGCCGAAAACGUAGUCUCCAACUUCAUCGCCGUCAUGAGGGAGAUGUCCAACAGCGUCGCCGACCAGCGCUGGGUCAACUACUCCCUCACCUCGCCGCCACCGGCAGUGUACGGCCUCGCCCAGUGCCACGGCGACUUGAUUAAGACCGAGUGCUUCCUCUGCUUUACCGAAGGCCAGACUUGGAACCCCCCCACCAUCCCCAACUUCGGCCGGCUCUACCUGGACGGCUGCUUCCUUCGUUACGACCAUUACGACUUCUACAACGAGACCGUCGAUCCAACGCAUGACAUGCUCAAGUGUAGCUCCAAUUCGACGGUCCCGACGCAGAGAGUGGCCGAGUUCACAGAUAGGGUAGACAGGGUGCUGAGGAAUGUCUUGGCAAGCGCAGUGCUGAACAAGGGCUUUGCAGUGGCUGGGGAGGACGGAGUCGGAGGGGUGGCCGGGGCAUAUGCUUUGGCACAGUGUUGGAGCACGCUUGAUGCCGGCGGUUGCAGAGUCUGGUCAUCUCAAGUCCGCAUCACUAUACCAAUAGUCUCAUCGGUUGCUGCGGUGACUUCGCUUGUUCUCAUGGGUGCAUACAUUGGAUAUAAAAAGUACUCCAAGGAGAAACGAGUGCAAAAUAACAUCAUGCAAUUACGGGCGAGCAUGAGCAAGUUUAGCUUAUAUUUCAAGUACGAGACGCUGGAGAAGGCCACCGACUUCUUUGAUGACUCGAGGAAGCUGGGGCAAGGUGGGGGCGGUUCCGUGUACAAGGGGAAUUUACCCGAUGGGAAGGUCAUCGCAGUUAAGCGGUUGGUGUUCAACACACGACAAUGGGUGGACGACUUCUUCAACGAGGUGAACCUGAUCACUGGGAUUCAACACAAGAACCUCGUUAGUCUUUUGGGAUGCAGCAUCGAAGGCCCGGAGAGCCUCCUCGUCUACGAAUAUCUUCCUAACGGAAGUCUUGAUCAAGUUCUUUUUGUCAACAAUGCGACCCCCACCCUAACUUGGGAGGAGAGGCUGUACAUCAUCACAGGAAUAGCUGAGGGCCUCGCGUAUCUUCAUGGAGGCUGUGGAGUGAAAAUCAUCCACCGGGACAUAAAAACUAGCAACAUCCUCCUUGACGAAAAUCUCACGGCGAAAAUCUCAGAUUUUGGGCUUGCCCGAUGCAUUGCUCUGGAUAAGUCUCAUCUUAGCACAGGAAUCGCCGGCACACUUGGUUACAUGGCACCUGAAUAUCUUGUGAGGGGACAGCUAACGGAGAAAGCGGAUGUUUAUGCUUUUGGGGUGCUGCUUCUUGAAAUCUUGACUGGUAGGAAGAUCACCAUAUACACACGAGGGUCGAGCUCGAUAUUACAGUUGGUAUGGAAGCACUACAAAUCGAAUAAUUUAGCUGCGUGUAUUGAUCCGGCCUUACAAGGUAAAUUCCCUAUCUUGAAGGCGUCAAAUGUGGUCCAAAUCAGCCUUUUGUGCACUCAAGCCUCCAUGGAAUUGCGGCCGCCCAUGUCUGGAGUUGUUGAGAUGCUCCACGAUAAAGACUGUGUAGUCCCCCAACCGAACCAACCCCCGUUCCUCAACGCUAGCGCGCUGUUCGACAAAUCUGGCAGCGGAAGCUCUACAUGCACACAUGGCUGUUGAACCAGCUCAUGGCAUCCGAGGUCUCUUCCCCUGUUGAACCAGCUCAUGGCAUUCGAGGUCUUCUUCUUCUCUCAUGGCAUCCGAGCUCUCUUCCCCUGUUGAACCAGCUCAUGGCAUCCGAGGUUCUUCUUCUUCUCGGAAAUAUGAAUCUAAGUGGGAUGCGAUUGCUAUUUUUUUUUUUUUCAUAGUUUUACGUCCCGAUUGGAGAAUCACACCAUGUUGGCAUGUUUCGAUUCCGGAGUCAGUCAUAGUUCAUGUGAUAAAAGGAAAGAAAAAGAGAAAAGGGAACAAAUGUG